CCGAAAUCUGACCGUGCUGUGUUCACGCAUGGGGAUAUCGCACCUUGAAACAUCAUGAUUGAUGAGAACGGUAACAUCACAGGGGUUAUUGACUGGGAGUAUGCGGGCUGGUAUCCGGAUUAUUGGGAGUAUGCGCAGAUUAUGAGGCGCGCGUUCUGGGGAGAUUGGUCGAUAUGGAUGGAGCGGACUGCCCCAGAAAGAUGGGAUAUAAGUGGUAUCAAUGCUUCUCGCAAAGUUCUGUUCUAGAUGACAUUGUAAAGAUGCUUUGGGGCUGUAUGUUGACAUACCUG